UUGGCCGGGAAACUCCUUUUUCUUCAUCUUUAUUCCUGUGCUUUUGACUGAUAAGGCUGAGCGGUUUUGACAAUCAAAGAACUCAUCGGCGCAUUGAACUUUACUGUGCAAACGGAGCUGGUUUUUUUUGUGGCUUUUCCCCCUGUAAUCAAACAAGCCUUCCAACAAGGAGCACUGUGGAAGCGUCACUUACAUCGCAAUUCCCUUUCAUAUCAUCAUCAUUCAACCCCCCUUAGCCAUGUCUGUCAUGGGAGACUACAGCUCUUCGGAGCUAACAAUGACCGUCCUUGGUUGCGGAACCAUGGGUAUCGCCAUUCUUAACGGUAUCCUCACCUCUCUCGUGGAGAUGCAGGCUCCCAGGCCUCUCCAGACUCCUUCGGCGUCCGGCACCUCCACUCCGUUGUACGACGAGGUUCCCACCCGCCUCCCCUCGCGCUUCAUCGCCUGCGUGCGCCGGCCCGAGAGUGCCAAGAAGGUCAAGAAGGCGCUCUGGGAGCACUCUUCCGUCCUCAAGGUCGUCCAGAAUGACAACGUCAACUCGGUCCACCAGUCCGAGGUCAUCAUCCUCGCCUGCAAGCCCUACAUGGUCAAGGACGUCCUCAGCGAGCCCGGCAUGGCCCGCGCCCUCCACGGCAAGCUGCUCGUCAGCAUCUGCGCCGGCGUCACUGAGACGCACCUGGAGGAGAUCCUUCACGGCGCCGCGCCGACCAAAAACCCCGAGGAAGACGGCCGGUGCCGCGUCAUCCGCGCUCUCCCCAACACCGCCUCGCUCAUCCGCGAGAGCAUGACCGUCAUCGGCGCCCCGACGUACCCGCUGCCUCCUCAGACCGCGAGCCUCGUCACCUGGAUCUUCAAGCGCAUCGGCGACGUCGUGUACCUGCCCGCCAACAACAUGGACGCCAGCACAGCUCUAUGCGGCUCCGGCCCGGCCUUCUUUUCGCUCGUCCUCGAGGCCGCCAUCGACGGCGCAGUGGCCAUGGGCCUCCCUCGUGCCGAGGCCCAGAGGAUGGCUGCCCAGACCAUGAAGGGCGCCGCCGCCCUGGUCCAGAACGGCGAUCACCCGGCUCUUCUGCGGGACAAGGUCAGCACGCCUGGCGGCUGCACGAUCGGCGGGCUGCUGGUGCUUGAGGAGGGCCGUGUUAGAGGCACCGUUGCGCGUGCGGUGCGGGAGGCGACCGUCGUUGCUAGCCAGCUUGGCCAGGGUGUUCAGGGUGUUAAUGGCACCCGCUUCCCCUCGCAAUCAGGAUACCCCCAGUACUAAAAGGUUUCAGCGCGCCAAUAGAUCAGUUAAAACAGUGUUGAGAUUUGCAGGGCAUGAUUGACGAACAUAAAUAUACAAGAUCUUU